AUGUCGGUCGACGUGAACUGGGAAAGCCUCACAAGAGGACCGGAUGGUGCCGCUCUGGCCGAGACAAUCCGAGACUUCAUUCACGAGAGAUUCCAAAGCAUCCAGCUGCCGAAGCUGAUUCGCUCCGUUGGCGUUCACGAUUUUGACUUUGGCGACAUAUCACCCGAGAUCGUGCUGAAGGACAUAGGCGAUCCGCUGCCGGACUUCUAUGAGACCGGAGACGAUCAAGACGACGCUGCCGACAAGGCAACAGAUGAUGGCGAGGAACAAGCAGAAGCUCAUUCGGAAUUCCGCCAUCCGCAGAGCCGACAGCAACACAAGCCCCCAAUUGGCACACGUCGUCAGCCUGAGCUCGAUGUCCUAGAGCGUUCAGGCACCUCGAGUCUCACGCGAGGCACUACGCCAGGUGUUUUGGGAACAACAUCGAACCUAGGCUACUUCCACCUUCCACUGAAGGGUGGCCUACCGGGCACCCAGACUCCUCUUGCCGCAGUCGCCGGUGCUCACUAUUCAACAGGAUUGCCAAACACCCACGACCAACACAACCAUCGCCAUGCUGACUCGUUCAGUUCUCAUUCGCCCCCAUCGGCUGCAACGCCGGGAUCAUCACAGGACCCAUACGCCGAGCGUUCAGGCAGUCUAGUAGACGAAGACGAUGUCAGGCAUUCUGCUCAAUCCAGGACCCAGGAUCAUCCUGAUCGAAGUCCUGACGAUAUGCAGGUCGUCUUUCACGUCACCUACGCUGGCGACGUCAAGAUGUCUCUCACCGCAGAUGUCUUCUUGGACUAUCCUAUGCCAAGUUUCGUGGGAAUCCCUCUGAAACUGAAUAUCACGGGCAUGACCUUCAAUGGCGUCGGUAUUCUGGCGUACAUCAAGAAACGUGCACACCUUUGCUUUCUUAAUCCUGAGGACGCCGAGGCAUUGGUCGGAGGUGAACCAAAUCUGGAUGUGCUGGAUGACUCCUCUACUCAGUCUGGCGAUGCUUCAAAAGCGCACAGAGUUGGAGCGCUUAUCGAGGAUAUCAAAAUUGAGAGCGAGAUGGGCGAGAGCGACAGUGGCAGGCAGGUUUUGAAGAACGUUGGCAAAAUCGAGAAGUUCAUACUCGAGCAAGUGCAGCGCAUAUUCGAAGACGAGUUUGUGUAUCCUAGCUUCUGGACCUUCCUUGUCUGA